AUGGGGGGUGAGGAGGUGAGUGUGGGUGAUGGGGUGAGGAGGGUGUGUGCGGGUGAUGGGAGUGAGGAGGUGAGUGCGGGUGAUGGGAGUGAGGAGGUGAGUGCGGGUGAUGGGAGUGAGGAGGUGAGUGCGGGUGAUGGGAGUGAGGAGGUUAGUGCGGGUGAUGGGAGUGAGGAGGUGAGUGCGGGUGAUGGGAGUGAGGAGGUUAGUGCGGGUGAUGGGAGUGAGGAGGUUAGUGCGGGUGAUGGGAGUGAGGAGGUGAGUGCGGGUGAUGGGAGUGAGGAGGUUAGUGCGGGUGAUGGGAGUGAGGAGGUGAGUGUGGGUGAUGGGAGUGAGGAGGUGAGUGCGGGUGAUGGGGGAGGGUGUGAGGAGGUGAGUGGGUGA